AUGGCUACCAUCGAUUCUCUCAAACAGGCACUUAGGCAGGAAGCCAAGGCAACGGCAUCACCCUCGAGGCAGCCGUUGUCCGACACACAAUACAGCGCCGGUUUCGAUGUCUUGAUACAGGGCUUAGGAUGGAUGACGUACCAAGACUUCAUUAUUCCUCAACUGUCUCAGCUAGUAGCCCCUCUCUUCAACUCGCAAAUACAUAUCUCAGUACUAGAAAUCGGACCUGGGCCAAAGAGCGUACUUGGCUAUCUGCCAGACCAUCUGAGACGAAAGAUUGGGAGAUACACUGCAUUCGAGCCUAACAGCUUGUUUGCUAAGAUGUUGGAAGAAUGGCUUACUUCCGAAACGAAGUCUCCACUGCCCUAUUUGGAAAAACCGCCCGACAUCCGCCAAACACCUUUCAUUCCAGAUGGCGACGCAGGGAACGGUACUAGUGUCGGUACGAGUCAUGACGAUGAAAAGUACGACGUCGUUCUAUUCUGCCACAGCAUGUACGGCAUGAGGCCCAAACGCAAAUUCAUCGAACGGGCGCUUGCGAUGCUCGUUGAGCGGCCCGAAGGUGGCAUAGUCGUGGUAUUCCAUCGCGAUGGCUCCUUACACUUCAACGGCUUGGUAUGCCAUCAAACUGCUUCUUACCCUAAUGGAGUCGUUUGCGUGGCAGAUGACGAUGAGGUGCUGGAUCAGUUUGCUCCUUUCGUCGCGGGGUUUCUCACUAAGGCUAUGGAUGUGGACCAUGACAUUCGAGUCGAUUGGCGCAAGGUGUGCCGCGCCUUGGGCCGUUGCGAGGAAGCCCACCCAGGCCAGCUCUUGUUUAGCUCACCCAACGUUAUGGCGGCCUUUACCCAACAUGCAACCACGUUGCCGGAGCUGACAGCGCAGAUACUGUUAGCGAACCAUGACAGGACAGUCAAAAACCAGGAGGCUCGCUUCCACUCACCCGCUUCGAUUGUCAGGCCGACAAAAGUCGAGGACGUCCAGCAGUGCGUUCGAUGGGCUUUGAAGCACGGAGUGGGCCUAACCAUCAUCGGCGGGGGUCACAGUGGCCAAUGUCUCUGGCGCAACGUUGUCUCGGUCGAUAUGAGCGCUUUUGACCAGAUACACAUUCUCAAGGCCGAGGAUGGAGGGGAACUUGGUUCCUUGGUCGUCGCCGAGGCCGGCUGCAAGACGGGGGACAUCAUCCGCAAGGCCAUGGCGGCAGGCGUGACAAUACCCUUGGGGGCUCGCCCAAGCGUAGGUGCGGGCCUAUGGUUACAGGGCGGCAUUGGACACCUGGCUAGGUUGCACGGGCUUGCGUGCGACGCCAUUGUCGGUGCCGUAGUGGUCGGCGUCGACUUCAACCAAGUCCUAUGCGUCGGCCAUGUACCAAGCCAACACCAACCAGCCGGUGCUGUUCGCCCGGAGAACAAUUCCGAUAUAUUAUGGGCAAUAAAAGGCGCCGGGACGAACUUUGGCAUUGUCGUCAGCGUGACUUUCAAAGCUUGCGCGGCUCCAAUCUACUUGACACGAAACUGGGUUAUGCCGCUGAGUGACAAGCUCGAGGCUUAUCUCAGACUCAGGGACUUUGAUGAACUCGUCUCCACAAAGCUCCCCCGGAACUCUUCUGCCGACGCGUAUCUGUACUGGGACGCCGGCCAGCUGCAUCUUGGCGUGACCAUGUUCGAGUCCUCCACUACUGCGAUCGCUUCUGCGACAUCUACACCCACACCAGUAUAUGCAAUCUUGGGGCCGGAGAAGGACUCUGAGGUGGUGGACGGCGUCGGUCUGUUCGAGACGGAGAUGUAUGUGUCCGGGAUGCACGGCGGGCAUGGCGGCGGCAAGACGUCCUCGUUCAAGCGAUGUUUGUUCUUGAAAGGUAUCGGAGAAGAGAAGGUCGCUGACCGGUUGGUGGCCGCCAUUGCGACUCGUCCCUCGCUGCUCUGCUAUCUCCAUCUGCUACAAGGUGGCGGGGCGGUUGGCGACGUUGCGGCCGAUGCCACUGCUUUCGGGUGUCGAGACUGGGAUUUUGCGUGCGUCAUAACUGGUGUCUGGUCGCGCGACCAAGACGGCACCGGAGCCGCACGCGCUGCUGUACAGUGGGUUUACGAUGUCGCUAGGGGCUUGUUGCCCUUGAGUAGCGGAGCUUACGGUGCCGACCUUGGGCCCGACCCUAGAGACACCGCGUUAGCGGUCAAGGCUUUUGGACCGAACUGGGCUCGCCUUGGCCAUCUGAAACACAGCUUGGACCCGCAUCAUGUGCUGGCGUACGCCUGCCCGCUCCCGAAAACGCCGGUGGAACCGAAGCUUGUCGUUCUCGUCACAGGCGAAAGCUGCGCCGGCAAGGACUAUUGCGCCGAUGUUUGGGCCUCCGUGUUCGUUAGGUACACCCACACAGCGCGUGCAGUGAGCAUCAGCGAUGCGACCAAGCGAGAAUACGCGGCGGCUACCCGCGCCGAUCUGAACCGCCUGCUUUCGGACCGUACCUACAAGGAGCAACACCGGCCAGCGUUGACGGCAUUUUUCGAAGAGCAGGUGCGGCAACGACCUCAGCUGCCAGAAGACCAUUUUUUAAAUGUGGUGUACCGCAAUCUAGAUGUGGAUGUGCUGCUCAUCACUGGAAUGAGAGACAAGGCGCCGGUUGCGACCUUUUCGCAUUUAGUACCAAACAGCAGGCUAAUCGAGAUUCACAUCCAAGCUAGUAGACAGACACAACGAAAUCGCCGAGGAUGCCAUGGCAGCGACGACCAUGGUGACGACAACAAAGGCAGCGACGAUAGCCGGUCGAGUUUGGCGGCCUUGGACUACCACCCCAGUCUCAUCUUCGACAAUGAAGCUGAAGGAAACGAAGCGGCGAACAGAUUUGCCGAACACUAUCUGCUUCCCUUCUUCGAUGAGGGCCUACAGCGAUUGGCCAACAUAGUGCGCUCGGUACCCAAUUUCCCACGCCAGGGCAUGGAGUUCCGCCACGUGCUAAACAUCCCUCAGCACGUGGGUGGGUUGGCCCUGUGUACGUCUCUGCUGAAAACUCACUUUCUCGGUGACUGGGCCACAGUCGAUGCGGUGGUGUGCUGCGAGGCGGGCGGCUUUGUCUAUGCGUCGGCGUUGGCUUCGCGAGUCGAUGUCGACGUGCCCUUGGUCUUGAUUCGCGAAGCAGGCAAGCUCCCCCCACCCACCAUUUCUGUUGACAAGCCCGUGUCAUAUAUCUCGUCUUUGGUUCCAAACGAAACGAAGGUGAAGCGGAUGGAGAUGGAACGGGAUGUUCUCCCUAGGAACGCGUCGGUGGUGGUGAUGGACGAUGUGCUUUCCACGGGGAAGACGCUUUAUGCGGUGCUACAGCUACUCCGUGAAGCUGGCAUUGGCCCCGAAAGGAUCAGCAUUAUGGUCGUGGCAGAAUUCCCGAUCCACCGUGGCCGGGAACUGUUAUGCCAUCGUGGAUUCAGCAGAGUCAAUAUUCAAAGCCUUUUAGUCUUUGGCGGUACGUAG